AUGAGUUAAUCUUGGAAGAUGAAUGCCUCAAUUGAGACUGUUUUAUUGAAAGAUAAACGUUCUGCUACAUCUUAAUUAGGUAUAUUAUAAUCAAGAUAAAUUAGUUUAAAUGAAACCCAAUGACGUCGUCGCAUAAGAGCUUUAUGAUUUAUACAAUUACUUUUAAGAAAUUCAAAAAUAAAAUAAAAAUCUGCAAGAUUCAAUAACAACAUUAAGAAGUGCUAUUACUAAUCUGUUAAGUUUAUCAGGGAGGAAAUGUCAAGAAGGGGAAUUUGACAAGGUUUGUUUAAAUGAUUACAAAAUAAUAUAAUCUAUAAUGAAUAGAGUUAGGGUAGAUAUAUAAUAAUCUGAAGAUAAGUCAAAUAAUCAAUCAAACAGUUAAUAGAAUUAAAUUGUUGAUUUAUAAAACAAAAUUUAUUUUUUGGAGGAUUAAAUCGAAUAAUUGACAACAAAAUGUAAUAAAUUAAUUGUUGUAAAUAAUCAACUGUUUUAACAAAAUUACGAAUAAAUUAAUAAUUUAAAAUAACUUUAAUAAAAGUAAAUAGAAUAGAAUAAAAAAACGAGUUAAAUCCUUUUAGAGAAUCAAUUACAAUCUGUGAAUUAAAAUUCUAUAAACAUUGAAAUAGAUUGUUAAUAAUUUAGGGAGAAAAUAAUAGAUAUUAAUAAUUAGAGAUAGUAAUUAAUAGAACUUAUGUAAGUAACAUUAGAAAAAUUUCCACAAAUUCAAUCAGAUAAAAAAGUGUAACAAAAUAUUAAGAAUUAAUCAUUUGAUGGAGAUGACUUAUAAAACAUUAUCAAUUUAAUUAGAAAAUCAUAAAAUGCCAUAAAGUCUUACGAUGAUGGAAUAACAAGAUUAAUAAAAUAGGUAAAUAGUGUUGUGCAAAAUAAAGAAAAUAAAACAAUUUAAGAUUUAUUACAAUAAUUGAGUAAGAACCAAGAAUGCUUUAUUUACAUUUAAAAUAUUUUUUAAAGGAUAAUAGAGAUGCUUAAUCAAAUGACAUAAGUCUAAAAAACUAACGAACUUGAAGGUUAAUUGAGAAAAAUGCAGGAUGAAAAUAGUGAUAUAAAACAAUAAUUAUAAGAUUAAAUCAAAUAGUUGAAGGAGUAUAAUAAGAAAGAAUAAUAAUUACUUCCAAAUUAAAUGAUUAAUAUAUCAAGUAUUAUUUGUAAAUUAAUUAGAUAAAUUUAAUAAUAUAUUCAAAGAAUUCAAUGAUUAAGUAAAAAAGGAAAUAUAUAAAUUUUCAAAUAUAAUUAAAAUAUUGCUUCCUAAUGUGACUGAUGUCUCAAAUAUUUCACCAGAUCAAGAUUUAUUACACGAUAUAUAAAGUUUUAUCAAGAGUAUUGAAAGUCAAGACAUUAAUUAGGAUGAUGAUACUUAAAAAUAAAAAUGGUUAAGAAGUAUUAAUUUGUUUAAGGAGAUUUAUAAAAGAAUUCCUAAUAAUUCAAUAGUUAAUUAAUAUAUCAUAAAAUCUGUUGAUAGCAUAGAAAAAUUUUUUUUUUAAAUUGAAGAAUAUGAGCAAAAUGUUGAUUCAUUUAAGAAAGAAAUUAAAAUGAGCGCAUAAACUAAUUGA